AGAGAGUGUGUAGUAACUGCCGCAGUGUGUAGCUGUCAUAGAGAGUCAGCAGUCAACAGUUGCAAGGGGAACACUUUCACACUUUCGACCUGUAGACCGUGAAUCUCAUAGUUUUUUCGGCUCGGUUGUGAGGUAGUUUCGGUAGACGGAGGAGCAACCAUGGCAGGCAGUUCAAAUCCUAUAAUGAACGCGGUAAACAAACUGCUCGAUUGGAUCAAGUCCCUGUUCUGGAAAGAAGAAAUGGAACUAACACUGGUCGGACUCCAGUAUUCGGGGAAAACAACGUUCGUGAAUGUCAUUUCGUCUGAAAAGUUCAGCGAAGACAUGAUACCGACGGUGGGCUUCAACAUGCGGAAGAUCACGAAAGGAAAUGUCACAAUCAAAAUGUGGGAUAUCGGUGGACAACCGCGUUUCCGCAGCAUGUGGGAACGGUAUUGCCGAGGAGUGAAUGCGAUAGUUUACAUGGUUGACGCGGCGGAUAAAGAAAAAAUUGAGCCCGCACGGAAUGAGCUGCACACUUUGUUGGACAAGCCCCAGCUAGCCGGUAUCCCCGUCUUGGUGCUUGGAAACAAGAGGGAUCUGCCAGAAGCUCUCGAUGAGAAAGCGAUAAUCGAUCAGAUGAACCUCGGCGCGAUCCAAGAUCGCGAAAUAUGUUGUUUCUCGAUUUCGUGUAAAGAGAAAGAAAAUAUCGACAUCACCCUGCAGUGGUUAAUUGGACACGCAAAGAGCCACUAGCAGCGAAGUGCCGAUUCGCAGGCAGUGCCAGAGCGCUACCUGUCUCUGUUAGUGUAGAAAAAGAAGAACUCAAAAUCUCUCGGUGGAGCCUCACGCGAUUCCUCGUGGCUGGGUAUCCCUACUUGGAUCUACAAUGGCCAGCCUUGAGGCAGCGAACAGACAGCUCACUUCUGUUCCACUUACCGGAAGUUUUAACCGGAACAGCUCUUAAAAAACAUCGAGAGGUAGUCUUAAUGAGUGAACGGAGGUCGCAGAGGAAUAUUAUGAUUGAGAAAUUGAGAAGAACACGCGAUUAGAUUGUACUUCAACUUCAAUCGGAUCACGGGAACCCCCUCGAUUCCUCGAUGAAAGUCUCGCUCCUCUGUCCUAGAAGCAUCUCAGCCCCUGUGUUUAUCUUCUCUCCGGAAUACUUGAAAUCAUAAGCGAUUGCCUCCAUGUCCAUUCUGACAAGGGGAGAGUAUUGCCCGCUCCCAGCAUCUGCUAGAGCUUCCCUCCGGACGUGUCCAUUCACAUCUUUCAGUGACGAGUUACGACAGGGGAUCGGUCAAAUCAGAAUUGACGGAAAGCUGCGUUUCUUGGAGAUGUGGGGGAGGGGCGAGGCUUUCGCCGAGUUGCCUCAGCAGAAUAUGGAGCUUGAGUAAUAAAGAGGGAGGAACGGGGAGUACAGUUGGAUGGUUCAUGCGAUCAGCUCCGGAUUGAGCUCUGGGUGAAUACGUCGUUGACUGAUUUUUGUAAAAUACCGCUGGACAUACCUUCGUCAGGAACACAUCCUUGCGGGAACGGGAGACUCCAUUCGAGCCGGAAACAUUACACACGUGAAUCUAAACACACAUGCAAUAUCAUCCAUCCACAGACAAUAAAGGAAGCUAGUUGACCUGUAUCGAAUGGAAUACACGGAAUGAGUUGAGGGGCUCAGAGAUUUUUUAAAUUGUUUCUCUUUGUCUCCCCCCCGUAUUAUCGAUUGACCGAUUGAAAGGGGAUGACUCGCCGCCUUAUUUCCCUGUAAAUAGAUAUGAUUACUAUAGUGUCAUUGUCGUUCAAGAUUACACGAAUAAACCUUGC